AUGGAGGUGCAAGGCGGGAAGGAGAACAUGACGGCAGACCACCAACUGCCGCCGACCAGGAAACGACAACAGCGACAUCUCUUGGCCUGCGUAGGAUGCCGCAAGAUCAAGACACGAUGCCUGGGCAACGAGGACCAAGUGUCACCAUGCCAGCGCUGCUUGCGCCUCAACCUCCAAUGUGUCUACGCGCGCAAGCGCCGGAGGAAGCCGCAGGGCGAAUCUGGAGGUGUGGAUGGUGACGAAGACGAAGAAGAAGCCAGCGGGUCACUCGAAGGCCAGACCUCGUUCACCUCGUAUCCAGAGGCGGCCGAGCUGCCCCGGCGACCUUCUAUGCGACCAGACGUCAUUUCCGAGUCGUCUGUUCGGUUCACUACCCCAUCCCCUUCAUCGUCAUCUAUCAAGCCGACCAUCCCAGCGCCAACUAUUGCUGCACCAAAGCGAGUUGAUAUCCGAGCAUACCUCGACCCGGAGCUGCCGAGGGAUGUGAACGGCGCCGAAAUCACAGCAGACGGCGGCGUGCGCGCUGCUGAGAAUGGAUAUGUGGAGGAUCCAACUACCAUCCAACUCCCCACCAGUAUGCUGACCCACAGGUACAUGCAGCACAUCAACCCGCUCAUUGCGACGUUGGAACCGCAGCGUGAGUUCAGUCCACACGCUAGCAUGGGUCCGUUCCUCAUCGCCGAUCCUGCUCAGCGCCAUGAUGACCGUGGCAAGCAAGUUCUUCCGGCGCCCGCUCUACCGCUCGCUCCUGGCGCACACAAACACCAUCGUCAACCGCGCCGUCGGCAUGGGCCACUGCGACAUUGGCCUGGUACAGGCUCUGAUCAUUAUGGUAUGCUGGAAGGACCCGACCGACGGCAGUUCCCGCUCCCGGCCAACGAGUUUGAGGCGCGCAUCGUGGCCAACGCGGAACGGACGUGGUACACUGUGUCGUCGUUUGAUCGAUUAUACUCUGACGUCUAUGGACUGCCACCGACCGUGCGCCUGGAAGAGAUUCCUGAUGCUGUCCGGUGGGCCGAGGAGACGGCGUGGCUCGGGUGUGGUGACAUGCGCCACGCGUGCAGCUUCAGCUCGGCAUCGACGUACCGCAUGUGGGUCAAGUAUCGCCGCAACUUGCACACCAUGUCGCGCGACCUCGCGUGGGCCAUCCUGGACGACCUGUACGCGCAGAUCGACCAGCACAUGAACCACUGGUUCCCUGCCGACCCUUCUACGGGCAUGAUCACGACGUUUGAGCAGACGUACCUCAAGUGGUUUGACCUCAACCACCUGCUCAAGAUCAAGUACCACAUGCUGGACAUUUGUGCGCCGCAUGAGCGCGACGCGGCUGUGUUGGACUGGCUGCUGCUCGCCGAAUCGUUCGCCAAGCAGACCGAGGCACUGGGCCUUCUCGGCACCCUGCGGUAUUUCCAGGACACGAGCGCGACGCACAUCUCGAGCUUUGGAGUCAUGGUGUAUAACCUUUUCUCGCGGCUGCCGAGCUUCCAAAAGCGCCUCGUCACGGAACAUGUCAAGCGCCUGUCCAAGUGCUGCGACAAUGCCACGCUCGGCGAUGGCGAGACGGUCAUGGGAUUCGUGGGGCGGUUCAUGCAGCGUCUGCUGCUCGUUCUGCAGAACAGCCAGAAGGUGGAACAUGCUGCCCUCCACGGCGGCGGCCACGGCCCCGAGUCUGGAUCUGGGUCGGUCCCGGGAAGUGCCCAUGUUCCGCCGCACGGCGUCCACGGCGUCGGUCCUGGUGGCGGCCCACCUGGCCUGGGCAUGCUGCACGGCAUGCCCUUGCCGCCGCCGGACCCGGCGCACGGGUUUGGCGAGACUCUCGAUCUCGACGGCUUCUUCCGCGCCAUGCUGCAGAACGGCCAGAACGCACUACAGGACCUGGUCACGACCGACAACCAGUUCUGGUUCGACCCCAACAUGCCGUUGCCGUAG